AUGAUUUUUUAAAUUUUGUGAUUUUUUUCUAAACCUUUUGUUUUUUUAAUCCGCAACUUUUUGUAAUCUAAGUUUUUUUAGAAUACAUGAACUUCUUUGAUUAAAUGAACUUCUUCAAAUAAAAUAUGACAACUGUUUUUUUGUAGGCUAGCAGUGGAACGAUUGAAUAAAAAGCUAAAUGAGCGAAGCAGGGAGCCAGGCUGAGCGAGCAAGAGAUUCAUCUGCCGGUCCAUGUGAGUGUUACAACAACAAUUUCAUGGUUUCAACCUGGAAUAAGAACUCCCAAGGGGUUCACAUGGAAAACAGGAUACUUCACACAACUUGACUGAUAGUCCAAGAGUAACUUUGAUGAUUGUGUUAAUAACUACUUAAGUAAAUUUGCAUUACUUUUUUUUAGAUAUUAACACAACUUGACUGAUAGUCCAAGAGUAACUUUGAUGAUUGUGUUAAUAUCUACUUAAGCAAAUUUGCAUUACUUUUUUUUGCGGGGAGCAAGUUUGCAUUACUGCCUUUUCUUUGUUCAUAUAUAGAAAGUUCUCUUUUGUUUCUUCUAAACAACACAACAUACAAUAAACUUGAAAUUGCAUAUCAGCAACAUAUUUGCAUCACUGCCUUUUCUUCAUUCUCUUUAUGUAUUGCUUUUGUAGCUUGCAAAGACACUAGUUUCGUUAAUGGAAUUGGAGAGACAACUCUCUUUUUGAAAAGAAAAAAAAAUUACAUUUGUACUACAAUAUGUUGAUUUGUAUUUUGUGCACCAUAAAUAGCUUAUUCUAUGAAGCGGAGAUAGUAAGCUAGCACUGAUCUCAACACAAACUAAACAGCGUAGUUGUACUGGUUCAGCAUGCAGUUCAGCUUCCAAUGGGACAUGCUUACAACUAGCGCUCCUACUCAAGUACUCAUGUCGGAAAGUGAGGAAACUUUCUAGCUCUCAUUAAACAGCCAGAUGUGAAGGAACUUUUGCUCAACCAGUCUCUAGGGCGCUGAUCCCAGCAUUAGUAAUGUGUAAUCACAGCGGUGCGUGUUCUCACCAUUGCUGACAGUACAAAAGAAAGAAGACGAAGAGUAGCACAUCGUUAGCUGUGUCAUACAACUUUUGGGAGACAAAAUCCUUAUAGUAACCGGGGGCUCCACCCCCAUGCAUUUGUUGCACUUGUAUAUAUUCCCCCAUUGUACUACACGACCCUCUAGCUAGAUCUCCGGCCUCUUCUCUUUUAUUUCUUCUCGUCGUCACACCUACUGGUGCAUUACAAUGCCGGUGUUAAGCUCUCCUCUGGCCCCCAUGAGGCUCGUCACCUUCUUCUUCCUUGCUCUCUUCCUUGGCUCAUGCGAGGCUCGACGCCUUCUUGUUCAUGGCUCCACGGCCAGUUCAAGCGAGCCACCUCCUGCGCCGCGCAAGGCUGAUGGUUCCCCGACAAACCAGCCAAAUGAUCUAUCAACUGCGGACGCUAAGGAUGCUUGUGUUGAUCAUUUCGACGCCAAGGUGAAGUCAGGAGUGGCGGCAUCAUCAGGUUCAGCUCGGACCGCGGUUGUCGGUAGGGUUUCGAGGCGGCUUUCUCAUAGGGAUUUGCAAGUGGUGGGCACAGCGUUUCAUCUAGAUUAUGCUGGGCCUGAAACCCAUCUCCCCACUCACAAUUGAUGCAUGAGUAUGUGAUGUUUGUUCGCUAUGUAUAUGAGUGUUUGAUCGAUCCCUAUCUCUGGAGCAGGGUCAGGUCUCCUGCCUGCUUGGCAUGUCCUUCUGUGUCUCCUGAGCUAGCUCGAAUACUUUCUUGUUGAAAGAAUGAAACAGAUCACACAGUAUACAUAUGAUUUGUUGUGUUGA